GCAACUCAAGCCCACCGCACUACACAGAGGACGAGCAGGAGGAGCACAAGCCUUCCGCCACCGCCACCCAAAUAAGCUUCGAUUUUUGUAAAGGUUUGUGUUAUGGCAGAAUUUGCGGCAGUGCCUGGCACGCCCAUGAAGCCGAGCAAGGGCCAGGAUUUAGAGCACCCGGUCACGGACCUCGAAGCGGUCAGGUCCAUCCUCGUGCAGGGGCUUCCGCUGCUUGAUCAAGAACUGACGGAGUCUUCCAUCGUCCAGGUCUUCUCGGCGUACGGGGAAAUCUCCAAGCUUCUCCUUCAGACGAACGAAGAGAGCAGAACGCAGAGGGCUGUGCUGGUGUUCGCCGAUGUAGCCGGUGCUACCUCUGCUCUGCAGGCGAACGGCCGCGACAUCCUCGGAGCGAACUGCAGCGUGAGCUUGGCUUCGUCUAUGCCCGCCUUGAACGACGGGUUGGACCGCGACAACGUCAGCGAUCAGCCUGCCGCUGUGGGUGGUAUGGAAGGCCGAACGCUGACCACCGCAGAAUGGAUCAAGGGCAUCUUCGCCCAGGGCAUGGUGUACACCCGCUUGUUCGACGAGAAACUCGGCGUCUCCUCGACCGCCAAAAGUAUCGCAGCAAAGGUGCAAACCCAGGUGGAGCAGAUAGACGAGAAGCACAACGUGAGCGGAAAACUCGCUGCGGUCGCCUUCACCGCGCAGGCGAAAGUCCAAGAGGUCAACACCAAGCUCAAGGUGUCUGAGACCGCGUCGAAGUGGGCACACUCAGCCAAGGAAUCGACCGAUAAGGCCCUCGAGAGCAACCCCCGCGUCGCCGCCGGCGUCCACCAAGCAGGGGAUGCCAUCGGCAGCCUCGUAAAAAGCGUAAGCGGGUUGGCGCACCAGGCCAUGGGGCAGCCGCAGGAGAUGGCAGGCCCGGUACCCCCGGUACCCCCGUCCGCAGUUCCGGCAAACACCGCCGGCGGGACCUUCGGGAUUUCGGAGUCGGACACGAGCGCGGGGGCCCCGCCGACGAAGCCCGUCUAAGCCCGUCCCCCACACACCUUCUUUUCAUUGCUUGCAUCUCUACGUAGCUUUUUCAGUGUCUUUGUGGAAGUUGUGUAGCUUUCCCGUUCCGUGCGUGAUGAUUUGAGUUUUUUAGUCCCUUCUUGCUUUCUCUGUCGUCUUGCAGUCCAUGUGUUUUUGUGUUUUUCGCGGCGGAGACAAGCCGUCGGAUAGCUCAUCGAAGGGGGCUGCCGGGAGGCACGGGAUACCCCCAUACAGGUCGCCACAUCUCGGGAUGGUGGUUUAUUUUGUUGCUGCGUGCGGCGGUGGGGCCUCUGUUGUCUUUUCCGUCGACGCCGAGUGUGAGUCGUCGCCAACCUACUUGGUUUUUUUCGUAUCAGCGUGUCUGGGGGUUACACCCACCCUGUUGCCGUGGUGUUGUGAUGUCAUGUCGAAGAGCACGCAGUUUCCUAGACCUUCGGCGAAAGGGUGCGGUUCCUUUCGGCAAGUAUUUUUCGCCCCAAGAAACUAGCGGGUAUGGUGCGAGUACCCACUGAAAGGCGGAGUUACAGGCGGCCGAGGACAGUCAUCUCAGGAAAAGUUUUUGGUUGUGUAGGUUGUGGAAGAUGGGGCUGGUUUGGAACACUGGGCGACAAGUUUUUUUUUUUCUUCGUCGUUGCUUUGACGGCAGGUUGGACUGAUUUUGACACGCCCGUGUGGUCUGUGCUUGAUGGACCCCGGGCACUGAGUCGAGGUCCAUUUGCUGCCUUUGUGGAGCGCGCUUUCGUUUUCGUGUUGGGAGGCUUUGGUCGUUCAUCUUCUUGUGUGUAACGAUAUUUAUCGGUUUGUAAUUAAGUGGCCUUGGAUACU